GUUUACCUCCCAGUAUUUGUCACCCGAGACAAAGAGGGAAGGAAGGAGGGGCCUCCUGCGGGAAACUCCCUCGGCGGGAAGCGCCUUACUUUCAGAACCUUCUGUAGGACCCCACGGGACGCAGGAACGGCUCCCUCCCGGGCUCCCGCGCCCUUUUCGAGGUUCCCCGCCUUGACUUCCCCUAGUUCUGCGCCAGCCUCAGCGACAGCGGGAGGAGCUGGGCAAUCCAUUCGCAGGGCAAACUCCAAACUCUCCCAUUUAUUACUGUCAGGGCGGCGCAGGCGAGACCCUCGAGGGCCACAGAACAGAGCGACUACAGCUCCCAGGAGCCAACGCAGCAGGGCUGAGCCGAGGCGGGGAACAGACAGGACCCAAAUGGUGGUCGGAGGAAGGCCAAGGCGGGCCUCUUCUGUCACCUUAGCGCCAGCAAACAGCCGCCGCAGUCGGCAAGCCAGACCAACCCCCCAGUCUCGACUUAGUAUUUUUAAAACUGGCGGGAUUCCCGAGCCAACCACUCCCACCGUUUACAGCUCCAGCCAGUCAGCGUGAGGCCCGCCAUUUUUCAAACCCUCUUCCCGCCGCCAAUCAGGAUCGAGCAGUACAUUCCUCUCCUGACCGGUUCUAACGGGUCUGGGAGUUAACGACCUGGACGACCCACCGAACCUGCUAGGCUGGGGCGUGGGGGGCGGGCCUGGUAAGACACUGACCAAUCGUAAGCUGCUGUGGCCGGGGGGGCGGGGACUAUCUGGGUUUGAAUAAUAGUCCGAACCAAUCACAGAAGUGGGGGUGUGGCCUGUGGCCUAGCUCGUCAAGUUGCCGUGGCGCGGAGAACUCUGCAAAACAAGAGGUUGAGGAUUGCGUUAGAGAUAAACCAGUUUACGCCGGAGCCUCGCGAGGGAAGCGUCUUAGUCGCGUCCGGCCCCUUUGCGGGACUCUGAGGAAAAGCUCGUACGAGGUGGACGCCGUUCUGUUCGCCAUGGGUAAAGGAGACCCCAACAAGCCGAGGGGCAAAAUGUCCUCGUACGCCUUCUUCGUGCAGACCUGCCGGGAAGAGCACAAGAAGAAACACCCGGACUCUUCGGUCAAUUUCGCAGAGUUCUCCAAGAAGUGUUCGGAGAGAUGGAAGACCAUGUCUGCAAAGGAGAAGUCGAAGUUUGAAGAUAUGGCAAAAAGUGACAAAGCUCGCUAUGAUAGGGAGAUGAAAAAUUACGUCCCUCCCAAAGGUGAUAAGAAAGGAAAGAAAAAGGAUCCCAAUGCUCCUAAAAGGCCACCAUCUGCCUUCUUCCUGUUUUGCUCUGAACAUCGCCCAAAGAUCAAAAGUGAACACCCAGGCCUAUCCAUUGGGGAUACUGCAAAGAAAUUGGGUGAAAUGUGGUCUGAGCAGUCAGCCAAAGAUAAACAACCAUAUGAACAGAAAGCAGCUAAACUAAAGGAGAAAUAUGAAAAGGAUAUUGCUGCAUAUCGUGCCAAGGGCAAAAGUGAAGCAGGAAAGAAAGGCCCUGGCAGGCCAACAGGCUCAAAGAAGAAGAAUGAACCAGAAGAUGAGGAGGAGGAGGAGGAGGAAGAAGAUGAAGAUGAUGAGGAAGAGGAUGAAGAUGAAGAAUAAAUGGCUAUCCUUUAAUGAUGAGUGUGGAGUGUGCGUGUGUGCUCAGGCAAUUGUUUUGCUAAGAAUGUGAAUUCAAGUGCAGCUCAAUAUUAGCUUCAGUAUAAAAAUGUACAGAUUUUUGUAUAGCUGAAUAAGAUUCUCUGUAGAGAAAAUACUUUUUAAAAAAUGCAGGUUGUAGCUUUUCGAUGGGCUACUACAUACAGUUAGAUUUUACAGCUUCUGAUGUUGAAUGUUCCUAAAUAUUUAAUGGUUUUUUUAAUUUCUUGUGUAUGGUAGCACAGCAAACUUGUAGGAAUUAGUAUCGAUAGUAAAUUUUUGGUUUUUUAGGAUGUUGCCUUUUGUUUUUUUAAGAAAAAAAUUUUGUAAUAAAAUUAUGUAUAUUAUUUCUA